AUGAAUUCGCUUUUUGUACUCGGGGCUGGGCUUUUGGCGUUGAUUGGAUUGACAUCUGCUGUCGUUUUCCCGGCCGCUCAACAAACCCAAAUUCUUGCUGCGCACAACACGUUCCGUACAAAAUUGGCUAAAGGAACAUACAAGUCGAAAGCUGGCGUGGUGUUCGCCAAGGCGACGAAUAUGCGGCGAAUGGCCUGGAACGCAACCCUGGCUAACGGCGCCUCGACCUACGCCAACACCUGCCCCGGCCUGAAGCAUUCCGGAGCAGCUGGAGUUGGUGAGAAUCUGUACAUCAUCUGGGGUGGAAAGCUGGCAGGACUUGGUACCGCCGCCAGUAACGCUUGGUCCAACGAGUUCUACACGUACGGACCGGUUGGAUAUACUUUCUCGUCGAAUACCGGACAUGCUACGCAGAUGGCCUGGGCGACCACUACGACGGUUGGAUGUGGAUAUCAGUACUGCACUGGCGACAAGUCGUACUUUGUUGUCUGCCGUUAUUGGCCACCGGGCAACUACGUCGGCCAAAAAGCCUACGCCCAGGGGACGACAUGCUCGAAAUGUCCAGCCGGCACGAAAUGCGUUGCUGCCAGUGGAUUGUGUGCA